AUGGUUGGAGCUCGCCGCACACGCGCAGCUGGUGCCAGUCCAGGUGGUUUCAAAUCACUUGAUGAUAUUCCAAAGCCUACACGCGGCAAGGGAAAGAAAAUCAAGACUGGUUCCGUCGAACCUUCAAUCGAGUCCGAGUCCAUCGAUCCAUUCAUCACAUCUGCCGAAGGCAAUAACAAUACGGAGUCGCAAAAGGCUUCAUCACCUCCAUCACCUACAAAUCCUUCCAGAACAAACUCUCCAGAUUCGCACUCACCUUCACCUACACCGGUCAAUUCACGACUUGAUUCACGCUCUACCUCACCACCAAAAAAUAAUACCACAUCAAAUGACGCGUCUUCGGACAACGACGUUGUUGAUCAAGAGCAAAAUGCACAGCGCAUUGCUCAUCUCGGAUCCAACAGAAAGAGAUCCCGAGUAUCAGAGCCUUCUACCCACCAAAGUGUUGGCAUUACAAAGGAAGACGCGGAGGAUGAUGAGCACAGGGCCAGCAAGCGUACACGCAGGCAGGAAAGCCAGGACACCGAGGAUGCCGGUGUUGAGAAUGAGAAGUCGACUGAACCAGAGCCUGCACCCGAGAAGAAACCCAAAGGUCGUCCUCGCACUCGCGCAAAGGCAACCCCUAAGAAACCCGCGAGCAAGACUCGUGGCGGCAAGCAAGAUCCAGUUGUCCUCAACGAUAGUAGCUCCGAUGGUAGCUCAGACGAAGCAGCCGAGUCAACUGUAUCACCUUUCCAACCUCGAUUGAACUCUACACCAAAACAAGCCGCCGCGCCUUCUCCACGAACUCCUCAAAAUCAGCAAGAAUUGAUUUCUUCUGAAGAAGAUGAACCCCAAGCUGGUCCAUCUACCGUUAGUCACUCAACCUCCAAACCUACACUCCCCUCCCCAGACAUCCGACCGGUUCCUCAAGCCGAAGCCCAAAAGCCAGCUCCAUCUUCAACUGAAACUGGCCCUUCUCCCUCGAAGCCUCGUGCACUUCCUCCUGUUGCUCGACCCAUUGCUCGAGCAAUUUCGACGUCGUCUAUCAGGAUUACACCCGGCAUGGGAAAGACAGAAAGAUUGCGUUUAAUGAUCCUUCAUCCAGAGCAAUCUGCUUCGCCAACCAAAGAAAAGGAGGUUGUCAAAGAGGUUACCAAGGAGAUUGCUCAAAGCACAAAUGAUGUGGCUCAAAAUGAGCUCAAGAAGACGACCGCUGUGGCUUCUUCUAGUGAGACUCUUUCCAAAUCCGAUGUUCCCCAUUCAAGACGUCAAUCUCCUCGGGAUGGACUCGAAUUGACGGAUCCUUAUCUAGUAGCUAUUAACAAAGUCUUCACUAAUCAUAAAAAUAAGUCGAAGGCUAUGCCAUCUAUCGAACAAGUUACCGCGUUCCUUAAUGGCUUCGAUGCUCAACAAGCUUCGCACGAUGGCAAGAGACGAACGGUUACUCAAAAACCCGCUCGUCCUCUGCAACCAAUAACAUCCAAUCGCUCAGGAUUUGUUGUUCCAGGUUACGGAAGUGACGACGACACUGAUAUGUCCGAUGAGGAUGAAACACCCGUCGUCCCGGAACCAAAGACACCUGAAGCACCAGUUACUCCUGUGCAAACUGAAAGUCCUCGAAGCUACUGGUGGAACCCCCUCUCUACUGUUGCCACGAUGCUUACCAGCCCGUUCCGCAAACAAGCCGAUGCUGCUCCAGCUCCGCUUCCUUGCAACAAGCUUGCCCCACCACCAUCCAUUUUCAGCCAACCACCAACCACUCCUUCGGCAGUUCCUCUCAAGCGUAUGUCUCACUCAGAUCGCAAGCGCAAUACCCGAAACAAUGUUCAGGGUCGUCUUGGUGGUUUCCAAACCGAACGUCGCCUACGACACGAGGAUAUUGGAGGAUCACGAAACUCCAGGAGCGGUCUUUUCACCCUAGCCGAACUCAAGGAGAUUCAUAGAGCACAGGAUGAAUAUGCCGCCAAGCAUCAGAAUAGAGGUCCUUCGAUCGUAGCCAAUCGGGAUAUUCAUAAGGCCGCACGAGCAGCUCAAAGAGAAUCUCAGGCUAAAAAGGCCGCUGUUGCUGAUGCGGUCGAGGAAGAAACUUCUUCAUUCACACAUGUUCCAGCAGGCGAGAAGCGUGAUGCCAGCGGCACGCCGAAAGCCCCUUGCCAGCGCUGGAACAAUUUCUUACAGUCUAAUACUGAUUCAGAUUCAGAUUCAGAUUCAGAACCAGAUUACGGCUCUAGAUGGAUUCGAUGCCGAAAUGGUCUUUUUAUUCGAGCGAAUUCCACUGACAAACAAUAUCUAUGGGGCGAUCUUGGCGAUGAUAUUGACUGGGAAGAUCACUAUCGCGAUAUCGACGCUUUUCAAAAGCAAGAUAUCUACAAGGGAGCAGGUGUCCAAAAUCCACUCAACUCAGCUCAGCUUCUUGAGCAGGCUACUUUGCGUGCUAGGGGAGAUCCCGAUAUUCCAGACGAGAGCGAAAAUGACUAUACUUAUGUCAUUGAUGAGCGCCAACAGAGAUGGCUCUUUUAUCCACGAAGUCCCUACGACAGGUUCCAAGUUCCAGGUAAAAGGCUUACCGCUACUCAUAUUGCGAAUAUCAAGGAAGGACUUCCUCUUCUUAACCCCCGCGAUGAAUACGGAAUUGCUAUUAAGGUACCUACUGGUGAGCCAGGCGACAAUAUUUUCAACCAAUUGGCAGAACAGCAAAGGAGAGCUCAGUACAAGGAUGCCGUUGAAAUGAAAGCAGGCAGAACUUUGGAGGCAAAGCGAUGGACUCAAACUCCUCCACCAAAACCCAAGCCUGUCAAUGCCAAACUUCCUGGUACUGUUGAGAGCACCCCAGCUCCAAUCUCCGAGGCUGUACAACACGCCAUGAAGAAGGCCAACAAAUACUUACCCACCAAGGGCAGUGGUCUUAGACAAGUUUCCACCAUGAGCCCUGUCCAGACUGAUCAGGAGAAGGGGUUGAAGGCUGCGAAAGAUUCCAAGCCUAUGUUCAACUUUGAUUUCACCGCUGCAUCCAUUGGCUGGAAUGCUGACCCUUUGGUUAUGGCGCGUGUUCAGGAGCGUCUGGGUGAAGGUUACAUCCCAAUCACACCCAUGCCUGAUCACAUUUGGCAUGAACAUGAUGAUCUUCAACAAGGUCCAGUAGAGCAAGCAGUUGCAGCAUUGCUCGAAGGAAUUGACUCCAGAAUGUUUGGAUCUAUGCAUAAUGGAAUCCAAGACCCAUCACGACCCCAACCCAAGUACUGGGACGAGCUUCCAGAAAGUCCCGUUGCUGAACGCCCCAUCAAAUUAUGGUAA